AUGAAAUCUUUAGAGAAAAAUGAAACACCGAAGGCAACUAAAAAGGAUGACACUAAAAUAAAAGAAGUUCCUGAAACUAGUGAUUUAAAAUCCAUCGUUACUCGAUUGAAUAAGUUGGAAGAAGACAUGAAAGCUAUACGGAAAAUGGUAGACAAAAAAACUGAUAAACGUAGUACCAAUGAAAGAAGUAAAUCGCCGGUUGAAGAAUCAGAGCCUCUAAAAUAUGAAGAAAGUGUCAUACAAAAUUUGGAAAGUUUUAUUUGUGGAGGCAUCCAAGGUUAUGAUGUCAAAAGAAGAGGAAGAAGAAGGAUGAACUUAAUGAAACAAGAUGGAGUUUUGGUAAUAGAGGCCCAAAUCUUGGAUAUCUCCGUAUUACCAUUUAUAAAUCUUUUAACUGGUAACUACCAAAGGAGUUCUCAUGAAAAUGAAAUCCGUCAUGUAGUGUAAACGAAGACAUACUUUUAGAGAGAAAAGAGAGAUGUAACACAUUUUUUAUUGAAAUGAACAGCAGUAACAAAAUAACAAGUUAGAAGGUUUAGAAUUAACUGUAAUCAAUAUUUGUUUUAGAAGAAAAAGGUGCAAAAUAAAUAAAAUAUCCAAAC